UAUAAUACAAGCAGCACAAGAAGAAACGCAAAACAAAAUGUCGUGGCAAACUUACGUUGAUGAACACUUGAUGUGUGAUAUUGAUGGCACAGGACACCACCUCACUGCUGCUGCCAUCAUUGGCCAUGAUGGCUCCGUUUGGGCUCAAAGCACUCCUUUUCCUCAGAUAAAAUCUCAAGAGAUCUCUGAUAUAAUGAAAGAUUUCGAUGAACCAGGUCAUCUUGCACCUACAGGUUUGCACCUUGGGGGAACCAAAUACAUGGUCAUCCAAGGAGAGCCGGGAGCUGUCAUUCGAGUAAAAAAGGGGUCUGGAGGCAUCACUAUAAAGAAAACUGGUCAAGCUUUAGUUUUUGGUCUGUAUGAUGAACCUGUGACUCCUGGACAAUGCAACAUGGUUGUUGAGAGGUUGGGAGAUUACCUCGUUGAUCAAGGUCUCUAGACCUACAUCUAUAAAUCAUGCUUGGAGCAUUUUUGUUUCUUGGAUACUAUACUUUGUUAUUUUCAUAUUUUUUACUUGUAUCUACUAUAUAUCAACCCUAAAUUGGGAGUUGUUACGGACAAUAAUCAUAUGAGAAUUAGACAAUUGUUUGUUGUUUGAA